AUUACAGUUACUGCCCAGUACUACCUCUCCAGUCUGUGGUUGACCAAGUUUGUGCCAUCGGUGUACACCCUGGUGGUUGCUGUGGCUUUGCCGCUGAACAUCAUGGCAAUCAUUGUGUGUGUGUUCAAGGUAAAAAUCAAAACCCCAGCAGUGGUCUAUAUGCUAAAUCUAGCGGCUGCUGAUGUCCUGUUUGUUAGUUUGCUGCCAUUCAGCAUCGCUUAUCGGUUCUCUGGAAAUAACUGGAAUGUUGGAGAUGGGAUGUGUCGCUUUGUCACUGCUGCCUUCUACUGUAACAUGUACUGCUCCAUCCUGCUCAUGACAAGCAUCAGUGUGGACCGAUUCUUGGCUGUGGUCUACACAAUGAAGGCUCUUACCUGGAGAACAAAGAAGAGAGCCUGGCUGGUCUGCUUCUUCAUCUGGAUAAUAUCAAUAGCCAGCUCACUACCUCUUCUUAUAUCCAAACAAACUUUGCAUAUGGAAACACUAAACAUUACAACUUGCCAUGAUGUCUUGGAUGUGGUGGACCUCAAGAACUUCUAUAUGUAUUAUUUUACCACCUUUUCUUUAGUUUUCUUCUUUUUGCCCUUGGUUAUUACUACUAUAUGCUACAUUGGCAUCAUCAGGACACUGAGUACCAAAGACAUUGAGAAUUCUUGUAAGAAAACAAGAGCAGUGAUCCUUGCCUUUGUGGUAUUUUUUUGCUUUCCUGAUUUGCUUUGGUCCAACCAAUGUCAUCUUUUUAUUCCAUUAUCUGCAUUUCCGUAA